CUGGAAAUGCUGUUGGGCUGUAGGAGGGGUGGGAGUGCCACGCAGCUGCCUGGGGGACAUGGAGCAGACAGGGUCACAAACCUGGCCCACGUUGGGGAAUGGAGCUGAGGGCUCGAAAUAAAAGCCUUUGUGCCGAUAGGGUGUGCACCACUUUGAGGAGCCUGGCUUCAGCAGCUGGUAGGGAUACGGUUGCUGGAGGGGCAGGGGAGGCACACGCAGGGGAAGAGAGUGGGAAGGACAAACCCUGGGGAAGCCCUUCCUGGUGAGAUGGGCUGAGCUGGGCUGAGGCCAUCACUCCUCACACAAAAAGGUGCUUGGAGAAGGGGGCAGGGGGACACAAAGACCGGUCCAUGCUGUCCCCCAUUACCAGCUGAGCAACUGAAACAACACAUGCCCUGCCAACACCUCCUCCUGCAACCCACUGGCAGCAGAGCUUGGCUGGGCAAGCCCAUAAGGAGCCAGAUCUCCUCUGCCAUGGCCUAGCACAGCCUGGGCACCCGAGGUGGCUGCUGUCCUCAGGUGACAUCCCACCCGAGCCAGGGUGAGCGAGGGCAGGGGACCCAGCAGGGCUCGGAGCUCCAUGCGGUGCAGAGGGCUCUUAUCACUGACCUGCAGCUGGCCAAGGGGAGGGGAGAUGGGGGGAUUCCCGGUAAAUGUCUCCACAAACAGCGUGGGGACGCUGUGGGAACACUCCUUUCUAGCCACGAUCUGAUGAGGUCCAGAGAGCAGAGAGCAAAGUGAAGGUGUUUGGACCCAUCUGAACCCCUUCCCCACUGUGAGCCUGCAGCAAGCGCUGGCUGUGUUGGGAUGCGGUGACUUCUCCAGCAUUCCCCCAGCUUCUGGAAAAGAGGGACUCCUUUAUCGUCUUCACAUGGUCUCUGUGUCCCGCAGCUUCCACUUUCAGCAGGGAACACGUCUCUCCUCCUGCUGAAGUUUUGCAGAAACGCUCACGUCCAGGAUGGAGGGAGAGGAGAUGGAGACCCUGGCCAAUGAAGUGGAGGAGAGGAGUGAAAGAGCUGAUGUGACCCUGGACCCGAACACCGCCAACCCCUUCCUCCUCCUGGCUGACGACGGGCGAGACGUGAGGCGUGGGGACGUGUGGGCGCUGCUGCCCGAUGGCCCCGAGCGCUUCGACAGGGAGCCGUGCGUGCUGGGUGACCGUGGCUUCUCGUCAGGGCAGCACUGCUGGGAGGUGGAGGUGGCCGACGGUGGUGACUGGUGGGCGGUGGGGGUGGCCCAGCACUCUGUCAGGAGGAAGGGAAUCCUCAGUUUUACCCCCGAGGAGGGGAUCUGGGCUGUGGGGCAGUGGUUCGGGCAGUACUACGCUUUCACCUGCCCUGACUGGACAACCCUGCACCUUGCCCAGCUGCCCAGGGCCAUCCGGAUCUCCCUGGACUUUGCAGGAAGGCAGGUGGCAUUUGCUGAUGCUGAAAGCAAAGCCCAAAUCUUUGCCUUCUGCCUGGCUUCGUGUCCUGAGGAGAUGCUGUACCCCUGGCUCUGGGUGGGGAAGGACUCGUGGCUGAAGCUGUGCCCCUGACGUGGAGGGAGCGUGGGAGACAGGAGCAAAACUGGAAAGAAGGACAGCACCAGCUCGGCUCUUGGCGCGGGGCACUGGGAGGGCUGCACAUCCUUGCUGGUUGGUCAUUCCUCGCGUGGUCCCUCCGGCCACUGAACAGCAGAACUGGAAGGUCUUGGAGAUGGAUGCCACACAGAAGCUCUUCCAUCCCCCUCCACCCCACAGCAGGGGGGCACCGAGGAGAUCACUGCAAGGGGAACCCGGGGCUGAGGGGUGGCACCAAGCACCGCACUGCACAGUGGGUCUGUGCAGGGCCAUGAGAAGUACAGAGAUCCAAAGGCCUUGAAGGCUGCUGAGUAGCACAUCUGGCUUUUUUCAGAUAAGCUCAAUGAUGAAGUCCAAAAAUGUAAAAACACAGCUGGGUGCUGGAGCUCAUGAUAACACUUAUCUUCUCCAUACAUCCAAAGCCUCUCUCUGCCUCAUUUCCAGCUCUCACUGACAUGUGCAUUGGGCAUGUGUGUCUUCCUUUGCCUUUCUUGCAGUAGAGCACUAGGAAAAGCUAUAGGGAUGGGCAAGGAAGGUGAGGCAGAAACCAAAGUGUCCAAAGUCCGCAGGCCAGAUCAUUCCCGUGGACUUACCAUGCUGGGAUCUCCUUCCUCCCUCCAUCUUGGUCUCCUUCUUCUCCUUCAGCAGAGGCUUUCAGCUGAUCAAAACAUACAGGGCACUGAAACAACCCAAUUCAGCUCUCCCAGGAGCACACCUGGAGCAAUUUGCUCAGGGAAAUUCUACCACUAGAAGCUGAUCUAUGACAGCUCCAUUACCAGAAGCAGCCAAGGCAGAGAUGCAUCAGGAAGUUAAACUUUCUUCAUGGUUUGCCAGGAAUCUGCUGCUGGGGUCUAAGAAAACUGGUUAAUAUCAGGAAAGGAUUGCUAAAGAUGCACACAUACCCUGUCCCGCUGCAGCAGCUGUUUUGUUUCUUCCCUUUCUUUGCCUGUCAGGAAAUACGGACAUGAGCAGUGCGUGCCCGGGGUGUGAGCAAUUUGCCUUUUCUGCUGGGCAGGAAUCUUUGCAAUCCCAAAGCAACAUAAAGGGAUAAAAAAGGGAGAAAGAAGCACAAACCCGCUCAGAAUGUCACCAGCAUCCUCAACGGGGGAUAAACAGAAGCAGCUCAGUGCUAUUGAUCUUCUGCACAUUCCUCACAUCUGGAAAUGAGGAAAAGUUUUUUUGUACCGGGGCAGCGAGGCACUGCAGAGGCUGCAUGGAGAGGUGGUGGUGCCCCAUCCCUGGGGGCAUUUGGGGUCUCCGGGGGCUCUGAGCACCCGAGGGUGUCCCUGUGCACUGCAGGGGUGCGACCACACGGCCCUGAAGGGCCCCUUCCAACUCAGACCAUUCUGUGAUAACAAAUUCCUAUGGAGUGCAAUGCCAAAAAUCAGAGCAAAACAUAAGUGCUCAUUGCAGUCGCUGUCACUGCCAUGGUCUGGGAGGCAGCCAUGUGCUGGGGGAUUUGGGAGCACCCACAGGGGCAGAAAAUUGUAAAGUGGGGAUGCAAACAGUGUAAGAGACUGCUGUGACACUCAGGAAAAGCUGAUACUUUAGGGCACAAUGCAGGGAAAUGAAAAAGGGAAGGAAUAGGAAGGCAGAGGCAAGGCAAGGGAAAGGAAAAGGGAAAGGAAAUGGGAAAUGGGAAAUGGGAAAUGGGAAAUGGGAAAUGGGAAA